AAUAAAAAAAUGGGCAGUACCUUAGGAAAGUGCUACAAAACACUGUGAAGUGAAUAGUUACUUUUCUAAAAAAUAUAGCGUCCAUUGACGCGGAUUUAAUCAUGAUAGCAAAACUUCUACUAAUCGCCUCCUUGGCGAUCCUGGUCCAGGCUAACUCCCGGUUCAGCUGGACAGAGCCCUCAGAUCUUUGCCCAGCGGAGGGCCACCACCUCUUACAGCACGAGUGGGACUGCACUAGGUUUUACUACUGCGAGUAUGGGCAGAAGUGGAUCACAGCUCGCCCUUGCUCACCUGGUACUCAGUUCUCGUAUGAACUUCAGGUGUGCAUACAUCCAGACCUAGCAAACUGCCAGUUGCCCAACCACCCACCAGAGGCUACAGAAGCUACAACUACCCCCGAACCCACAACUACCCCGGAACCCACCACCACUACCACUACUCCUGAACCCACUACCACUACGACCACUCCUGAACCUACAACCACUACCACUACCACAACAACGACUACCCCUGCACCCACUACAACUACUCCCGAACCCACUACCACUACUCCCGAACCUACAACCACUACAACUACACCUGAACCCACAACAACUACUCCCGAACCUACCACCACUACAACUACUCCUCAACCCACUACCACUACCACAACAACCACUACAACUACUCCUGCACCCACUACCACUACUCCUGAACCCACUACAUCCGGACCAGUCAACCCAGACCUCCUAGACAACGGUUGCCCAGCUGACUUCGAAGUCCACGCUCUUCUGCCCCACGAAACCAAAUGUAAUAAAUUCUAUUACUGCAACUUUGGUGAGAAAGUUGUGAGGGAAUGCGCUCCUGGCACUUACUUCAAUCCUGAAAUUCAGGUAUGUGACUGGCCAUGGAACGUGGAUUGCAUGAGCGUUGACACCGAAGAAGAGGUCGAUGACAAUGGCACUGAAACCCUUCCUAACGGCUGCCCAGCCGACUUCGAGGUGCACCAGCUGCUGCCGCACAGCAACUGCAGCAAGUUCUACUAUUGCAACUUCGGAGAAAAGGUCGUCAGGGAGUGCCCUGAUACACUGCACUUUAAUCCUGUACUCCAGGUAUGUGACUGGCCAUGGAACGCCGGUUGUGAAGGAAGCUCUGGUGGUGACGGAGGCUCUGAUGGUGACGGAGGCUCUGACGGAAACGGAGGCUCUGACGGUGAUGGAGGCUCUGACAAUGACGGAGGGUCUGACAAUGACGGAGGUUCUGGCGGAGAUCUCCUCCCCAACGGCUGCCCAGCUGACUUCGAUGUCCACGCGCUCCUGCCUCAUGAAGACUGCGGGAAGUUCUACUACUGUGUCUUCGGAGAGACCGUUGUGAGGGAAUGCCCUGCUGGACUGCAUUUCAACCCAGCAGUACAGGUCUGUGACUGGCCAUGGAACGCCGGUUGCGAAGGCGGCUCUGGUGGUGAUGGAGGUUCAGAUGGUGACGGAGGCUCUGACGGUGACGGAGGCUCUGACGGUAACGGAGGAUCUGACGGUAACGGAGGAUCUGACGGAAACGGAGGCUCUGACGGCGACGGAGGCUCUGGUGGAGAUCUCCUCCCCAACGGCUGCCCAGCUGACUUCGAUGUCCACGCGCUUUUACCUCAUGAAGACUGCGGAAAAUUCUACUACUGUGUCUUCGGAGAGACCGUUGUGAGGGAAUGCCCUGCUGGUUUGCAUUUCAACCCGACUGAACGGGUAUGUGAUUGGCCGUGGAAUGCUGGUUGCGAAGGCAGCAGCGGUGGUUCUGGAGGCGACGGAGGCUCUGACGGAGGGUCUGACAAUGACGGAGGCUCUGACGGUGACGGAGGCUCUGACAAUGACGGAGGCUCUGACAAUGACGGAGGCUCUGACAAUGACGGAGGCUCUGACAAUGACGGAGGCUCUGACAAUGACGGAAGCUCUGAUGGAGGCUCUGACAAUGACGGAGGCUCUGAUGGAGGCUCUGACAAUGACGGAGGCUCUGACGGAGAUCUCCUCCCCAAUGGAUGCCCAGCUGACUUUGACGUCCACGCGCUCCUGCCUCAUGAAGACUGUGGAAAGUUCUACUACUGCGUCUUUGGAGAGAAAGUUGUGACCGAUUGCCCGGCUGGUCUACAUUUCAACCCAGUGAUACAGGUAUGUGAUUGGCCAUGGAACGCUGGUUGCGAAGGCAGCAGCGGUGGAAACGAUGGCUCUGAUGGAGGAUCUGGCGGUGAUGGAGGUUCUGACGGUGACGGAGGCUCUGACAAUGACGGAGGGUCUGACAAUGACGGAGGCUCUGACAAUGACGGAGGCUCUGACAAUGACGGAGGCUCUGACAAUGACGGAGGCUCUGACAAUGACGGAGGCUCUGGCGGAGACCUCCUCCCCAACGGCUGUCCUGCUGAUUUCGAUGUCCACGCGCUUUUACCUCAUGAAGACUGUGGAAAGUUCUACUACUGCGUCUUUGGAGAGAAAGUUGUGACCGACUGCCCGGCUGGUCUACAUUUCAACCCAGUGAUACAGGUAUGUGAUUGGCCAUGGAACGCUGGUUGCGAAGGCAGCAGCGGUGGAAACGAUGGCUCUGAUGGAGGAUCUGGCGGUGAUGGAGGUUCUGACGGUGACGGAGGCUCUGACAAUGACGGAGGCUCUGACAAUGACGGAGGCUCUGACAAUGACGGAGGCUCUGACAAUGACGGAGGCUCUGACAAUGACGGAGGCUCUGACAAUGACGGAGGCUCUGACAAUGACGAAGGCUCUGACAAUGACGGAGGCUCUGGCGGAGAUCUCCUCCCCAAUGGAUGCCCAGCUGACUUUGACGUCCACGCGCUCCUGCCUCAUGAAGACUGUGGAAAGUUCUACUACUGCGUCUUUGGAGAGAAAGUUGUGACCGAUUGCCCGGCUGGUCUACAUUUCAACCCAGUGAUACAGGUAUGUGACUGGCCAUGGAAUGCUGGUUGCGAAGGCAGCAGCGGUGGAAACGAUGGCUCUGAUGGAGGAUCUGGCGGUGAUGGAGGUUCUGACGGUGAUGGAGGUUCUGACAAUGAUGGAGGUUCUGACAAUGACGGAGGCUCUGACGGAGGUUCUGACGGAGAUAGCGGAGCGAACAACGACGACAGAUGCCAAGAGUGCAACGUCCUCCCAUGGGCUCACGACACAGACUGUGACAAAUUCUGGCGCUGCGAAGGAGAAAAAGCUGUCCUAGUGACUUGCUCUGAAGGUCUAAAUUUCAACGCCAAGACUGCGCUCUGCGACUUCAUAAGCAACGCCAACUGUGAGAGGAACGAUGUUGAGUCGACGGUUAGUGCCAAUGGAUUGAAAGUCUUCCUGCCUAGGGAUAAGAUCGACGAUCGAUUGGUCAACAUGCUCAUGAAGGGUAGAAACUGAGAAAAAUAGUAGUUACUUGUAAAUAAAUUUAUUAAUAUGUAUAGCAAUCAAAUCAGUGUACAUACAUUAUGUAACCAGUGUAAGAUCAAAAUCAAAAUAAAGGUUUGGGGUAUUUGACACUAUU